AUGGCAGUGAAUAUCGAUAAACAGCUAGAGAUCGACAGACAGAAUAUAGAUAAGCAGCUAGAGAUCGAAAGACUGAAUAUUGAUAAGCAGCUAAAGAUCGAAAGACUGAAUAUAGAUAAGCAGCUAGAGAUCGAAAGACUGAAUGUAGAUAAGCAGAUAGAGAUCGACAGACAGAAUAUUGAUAAGCAGCUAGAGAUCGAAAGACUAAAUAUAGAUAAGCAGCUAGAGAUCGACAGACGAAAUAUAGAUGAGCAGCUAGAGAUCGAAAGACUCAAUAUAGAUAAGCAGCUAAAGAUCGACAGACAGAAUAUUGAUAAGCAGCUAGAGAUCGAAAGACUAAAUAUAGAUAAGCAGCUAGAGAUCGAAAGAAAAAAUAUAGAUAAGCAGCUAGAGAUCGAAAGACUAAAUAUAGAUAAGCAGCUAGAGAUCGACAGACAGAAUAUUGAUAAGCAGCUAGAGAUCGAAAGACUAAAUAUAGAUGAGCAGCUAGAGAUCGAAAGACUGAAUAUAGAUGAGCAGCUAGAGAUCGAAAGACUGAAUAUAGAUGAGCAGCUAGAGAUCGAAAGACUGAAUAUAGAUGAGCCAUAA